AUGGACUUUAAGGCAUUUGGAAUCUUUUUACAAUGUGCCCUGUCCAUAAGUGUAUUGUUAUCUGAAGUUUCAGCACAAGGAAGUAAGUCCUAGACCAAAUGUAUCAUGAAAAGACUUGUGCGCAACGAGUAGGUAUAUAGGCCUACGCUUUGCAGGUGGAGCGCGAGCUAAAUGUUGCCAAUAAGCGAUGACGCCUAAAUUGAAUCUAGUUUACUGAGCGAGGCUUGCGCUACCCGUGCUGGCACAUGCGCCGAUUAAAUAACCCGCUGGAACGCAUAUUAAGCCGUUCACAUGUCCUAAUAAUUCGAAAGAUUGCUCAGAAAACCAGUGUUUUUAAUAAGCUUAUGCUUACUUCGAUUUUGACCUUACGCCGAUUAAGUUAAUCAGAGUAAGGUGUUUACUUUUGCCAUACUCGGCCUACUGCGAUAAUCCGUUUCAUAUCUAAUUAUUAGUGUGCAUGCUUGACCAGCAUAACUUUCAACUGAAACUUCAAUUUACAUUCUACAUUUCCAUUAUUCUGCGUUGGUGAUGAUAGCAUGCGGACAGCGGCCGUUGGCGGACGCUCCAGGAGGUUCACGUGUUGUUGGAGGGCGCAAUGCACCUUUGGGUGCAUGGCCUUGGCAGGUCAGUGUGCAGGUGAGGUCCUGGCACCUCUGUGGCGGGACCAUCCUCAACCGCCUCUGGGUGCUCACCGCUGCACACUGCUUCACUGUCGUUCCGUGAGUCAUCUAAUUUAUAUAACCAACAAUAAAUAAAUGACAAGAAUAGCCUAUAUUAACUCUACAUAGGCUACCCAGCCAUCACCAUGCCUAAUAAUACAGGGAAAAAGAUCAUACCAGACAGGUGAACAGGUAGGCUACAAUCACUUGAGAUACAUAAUUGAAAGUGUCACUGAUAAAACAUUUUCUUCAAUUGCUUAAAGGCCUAAUAAGACAAAACGAUUUAACUUAGAAAUGACUUUGCAGUGACAGAUACAUACUCUCUCAUCCUUUAAUAUUGCCUUUUUCCUCCUAGUCAUUAAACGCUGGAAAAAGCUGCUGACACUCUUCUGCUCAAAAUAAUAAUGUCUGUUGUUCACCCCCAACCGCUUUUGCUGCACCCAGACCUCAUAGGAUGUCCAGUCUGCGCGUGGUGUCAGGACUGAACGUGCUAACAGAACCAGGGCGGUACUCCCAGCGCCGCUAUGUUGUGGAGGUCAGAGCUCAUGAGAAGUUUGACCACCCCAGCUACUCCAACGAUAUAGCUCUUCUGCGUCUCAGCUCUCCACUGGAGUACACAGACUUUGUCCAGCCUGUCUGUACAGUGGAAGACGAGAUGGAGGAAUUCAACUUAAACCUCAACCAGUGUUUCAUCAGUGGUUGGGGCAGCACUUAUUUCAAAGGUUUGUGUGGGAUCUAUUAGGAAAUGACAAUACAAUAUGAUAAAAUACAACCGUUAUUAAUCAAACUGUAACAUCGGAAAUCGGCCUCCUGCUCUGCUCUCAACCCCCCGUAUAACACAAACACAUCCAUUUGAGAGGACCAAAGGGGCCACAGUGCCACAGUGCAGCUCCCCGGGAUGAACAGCAGUUUAGGGGUUAAGAACCUUAGCCUGGGUACCAGUUAGUUUGUGCCAUCACGCCACUCCUUGCCACUUCUUGUCAUGCAUGACAAGGAGUUGACAUGAUUGCACAACCAUUUCUGGGACCAGGCUAUAAGGGUAUAACAGUGCUGAAUGUUGAAUUUAGCAGGAGAUGAAUACAGCAUGUGUGUCUGGUCUCGCUUUAGGAAAGCCAAUGGACACACUGCAAGAAGCUGAGGUGGAGCUGAUUGAGCAAAAUAUUUGUAACCGGAUCGACUGGUACAACGGUUACAUCAAGAAUGGUAUGAUCUGUGCUGGCUCUGAGACCGGGGUGGUUGACACAUGUCAGGUGAGGUGGCCAUCCUGUUUGUGUCCCAAAUGGCACCCUAUUCCCUUUAUAGUGCACUACUUUUGACCAGAGCUCAUGGAAAAUAGGGUGCCAUUUGGGACAUAGCCCAUUAGAAUAAAGUUGUGUUCUCCAUGAUAAUAGCUACCAUAAAAACACACUCUGUUGUUCACUACAUUAUGAAGGGAGACAGUGGAGGCCCACUCCAGUGCUUCAGUGAGGAUCAGGAGAAAUUCUACAUUGUUGGCGUGACAAGUUUUGGGGAUGCCUGCGGAUUGCCUAAAAGACCCGGAGUGUAUGCUAGGGCCAGCAAGUACUCAGCCUGGCUGAAGACAACUCAGUCAAGAUCAUUGUCAGCCGUCUGUCGGCUAGAUAACAGAUUCAUCUUAGUCCUGUCCAGUGUAGUUUCUAUGCUUAUCUGA